UCUGGCCACCCCCAUUGGCCCGGCUGCUCCUCCUACUGGCUGUGGGGCCCCUCCCACCUCCACGCCAGAUAAGGCCAGCCCGGGACUGCUUCGUUGGGCAAUAGGCUCUAGGGCUGGAAUGGGGCCGCCCGGCACCCGGUGGCAGUGGGGGCUGCUGCUGCUGGGGCUGCUGCUCCCCCCGGCCGCCCCCUUCUGGCUCCUCAAUGUGCUCUUCCCCCCGCACACCACGCCCAAGGCUGAGCUCAGUAACCACACACGGCCCGUCAUUCUCGUGCCUGGCUGCCUGGGGAAUCAGCUGGAAGCCAAGCUGGAUAAACCAGAUGUGGUGAACUGGAUGUGCUACCGCAAGACGGAGGACUUCUUCACCAUCUGGCUGGACCUCAAUAUGUUCCUACCGCUUGGGGUGGACUGCUGGAUUGAUAACACCAGGGUUGUCUACAACCGCAGCUCUGGGCGCGUGUCCAAUGCCCCUGGUGUACAGAUCCGUGUCCCUGGCUUUGGCAAGACCUACUCUGUUGAGUACCUGGACAAAAAUAAGCUGGCGGGUUACAUGCACACACUGGUGCAGAAUCUGGUCAACAAUGGGUAUGUGCGUGACGAGACGGUGCGGGCCGCCCCCUACGACUGGCGGCUGGAGCCUCGCCAGCAGGAGGAGUACUACAGCAAGCUCGCCGGGCUGGUGGAGGAGAUGUACGCUGCUUAUGGGAAACCUGUCUUCCUCAUUGGGCACAGCCUCGGCUGCCUGCACGUGCUCUACUUUCUACUGCGCCAGCCCCAGACCUGGAAGGACCGCUUCAUCGAUGGCUUCAUCUCUCUCGGGGCUCCCUGGGGUGGCUCCAUCAAACCCAUGCUGGUCCUGGCCUCAGGUGACAACCAAGGCAUCCCGUUUAUGUCCCGCAUCAAGCUGAAAGAAGAGCAGCGCAUGACGACAACCUCCCCCUGGAUGUUUCCCUCCAGCGAGGCCUGGCCUGAGGACCACGUGUUCAUUUCUACACCCAGUUUCAACUACACAGGCCGUGACUUCCAGCGCUUCUUUGCAGACCUGCACUUUGAAGAAGGCUGGUACAUGUGGCUGCAGUCACGUGACCUGCUGGCCGGCCUCCCAGCACCUGGCGUGGAAGUAUACUGUCUGUAUGGUGUGGGCAGGCCCACGCCCCGCACCUACAUCUAUGAUCACGGCUUCCCCUACAAGAACCCCGUGGAUGUGCUCUAUGAGGACGGUGAUGACACUGUGGCCACCCGCAGCACCCAGCUCUGCGCUCGCUGGAAGGGCCGCCAGCCGCAGCCUGUGCACCUGGUGCCCCUGCACAGGCUACAGCACCUCAACAUGGUCUUCAGCAAUCAGACACUGGAGCAUAUCAAUGCCAUCCUGCUGGGCACCUACCGUAAUGGCACCCCUGCACCCCCAGCUGCCAGCCCAGGGCCCCUGCCCCCGGAAUAAAGACCUUCCUUUGCUCCGUAAA